UGUUUCCCUCUCAGCUCCUGCCUCACUAUUGCUCUGCAACUCAGAACAGCACUGCCGCGACCACCUAGGGAAGAGGAUGAUCCUAAACAGAGCUCUGAUUCUGGGGGCCCUCGCCCUGACCACCAUAAUGAGCCCCUGUGGAGGUGAACACAUUGUGGCCGACCACGUUGCCUCCUAUGGUGCAGAAUUCUACCAGUCUUACGGUACCUCUGGCCAGUACAUUUUUGAAUUUGAUGGAGACGAGGAGUUCUACGUGGACCUGGAGAAGAAGGAGACUGUCUGGUCGCUGCCUAUCUUUAGUGAAUUUGGAAGUUUUGACCCGCAGGGUGCACUGAGAAACAUGGCUGUAGAAAAAUACAACUUUGACAUCUGGAGUAAACGCUUCAACUACACCGCAGCUACCAACGAGGUACCUGAGGUGACCGUGUUCCUCAAGUCCCCCGUGUCGCUGGGCCAGCCCAACACCCUCAUCUGCCUUGUGGAUAACAUCUUCCCUCCUGUGCUCAACAUCACGUGGCUGAGCAAUGGGCACCCCGUCACGGAGGGGGUGUCUGAGACCAGCUUCCUCACCAAGGAGGAUCAUUCCUUCCUGAAGAUGAGUUACCUCGCCUUCCUCCCGUCUGCGGACGACGUUUACGACUGCCGGGUGGAGCACUGGGGCCUGGACGCGCCGCUUCUGAAGCACUGGGAGCCUGAGGUUCCACCCCCCAUGUCAGAGCUGACGGAGACCGUGGUCUGCGCCCUGGGCCUGGCCGUGGGCCUCGUGGGCAUCGUGGUGGGGACCGUCUUCAUUAUCCAAGGCCUGCGCUCAGGUGGCGCCUCCACACGCCAAGGGCCCUUGUAAAGGGAAGGUACAUUGCCCGUCAACAAGGGCAAAAACGUGGACGUGCUGAUGAUGCCCAGCGCUGUUUCCUGGCCCAGUUCACCGCAUUCCUUCUUUCCUCUUUCUCCCUCUGCUUCUCUGGAAUUUAAGGUGCUGUAUCCCCCUCGCAUCUCACAUCCCCCUCAGAACGCUCCCCCAACCUCCUGAGUGUUUGUUCUUUUCUCAGUUGUUACCUAUUAUGGGAUUCCUGGGGUAGCCCACCCACUACCUAAUCCCUCCGUGACCCUGAACUAGUAUCUCCAUGGAAGCAAUAAACUCCCUUUAUGAGGUCUUUA